UGUUAAAUAAUGUUUACAUAAUUGUAAUAGAUACGUGCUUUAUUUUUCGGCAUGUUAGUAAUAUUUUUAUAUGUGUUAUUAUGUUAGUGUAUGAAAAACUACUUCAUUAUUGUUCAGUUUGCGAUUAAUUCGAUGUUGUAGUGUUUUUACAUAUUGUUUUGUGUGAAGCUUGAAUAAAUAACUAGAUAAUAUAUUUUUUUUUAUGAAGACACACCUAAUAUUUACAAUCUUUUUAGCCGGAAUUAAACUUAUACUUGCUAUGGAUAACGAAAAUGUCACAGUAAAUGAAGACAUUAUAGACAUAAUGCAUUGUGAAAACGAGAGUUAUAAUCAACAAAGUGUUGAAUCGUACGCACGACAGAAUAAUAGAGAUCCUAUUUACAGACCUCACGGAACACUGGCUAGAACUCUUUACAACAAAUACCUGGCCGAUGAGAGGUUGCAAAACUACGAUAGAAGAAAGUGGUAUGCGGUGGACCCGGGGCGACUCCCGCCGACCAUUGCGUCGCUCUUCCUGCAGCUGUCGGCCGACCAGGAGACCGAGCAGUUCCUCGAGCAGGCCACGGAGAAGUCCGACUGGGUGCUGACCCAGCUCUGGCACUCCCUGGCGCGCUCCUUCCUCGGGCUCUUCAUGACGCAGACGUCCAUCAACGGGCUGCUGGGGCGAGGCUCCAUGUUCGUGUUCUCGCUGGAGCAGUUCCGCCUGCUGCUCGGGGGCGGCGGGGGGCGGGACCACCUGCUGGACCUGGGGGCGGGCGACGGCCGCACCACCCAGGUCAUGGCGCCGCUCUUCGCCCAGGUGUCCGUCACCGAGGUGUCCGGCCCCAUGCGCUCCGCGCUCGUCAAGAAGGGCUUCCGACUCGUGGAGGUGGACGAGUGGGCGCGGGCCGGCGCGCGCUACGACGUGAUCACGUGCCUGAACCUGCUGGACCGCUGCGACCGCCCGCUGUCGCUGCUGCGGGACCUGCGCGCGGCGCUGCGCCCCGGCGGCCGCGCGCUCAUGGCCCUCGUGCUGCCCUUCAGCCCCUACCUGGAGACCGGCGCGGCGGACCACCGACCCGCAGAGCUGCUGCCCGUGCGCGGAGAAGGCUUCGAGCAGCAGGCGGCCAGCCUCGUGCAGGAGGUGCUGCCCAGCUGCGGCCUCGCCGUGGAGCGCUGGUCGCGUGUGCCCUACCUGUGCGAGGGCGACCUCAACCAGGCCUUCUACUGGCUGGACGACGCCGUCUUCGUGCUGCGCGCCAGCUGAUGUCUGCCGGUCAUCCGGGUGGAGUCCUGCAUCUUCGAUAUUUUUUUAAGUUUACCACUAAUAGAAAAUAAACAACAGACAAUAUAUGGGAAAGCAAAAGAUUUGUAUUCUUUCCAUUGUUGUAGAAUAUUUAUAAAUUGUGGGAUUUUACUGCCAAUUUUAAAGGUCUGAGAUUUAAGUUCCUCCUUAAUGCAAGUUAAACGUGUUAAUAUUGCCCUGUAUCAUCAGAUAUACCUACAAUAUUAAUGCCAAUGUUUUGCACUACUCUUGAUUAAAGUAAAUAAAGUCUGUGACUACUCUAUAAUGCGAUACCGGACAAUUUGUAAUGUACCUACUUAACCUAACCAAUCACCCCUGCUACAGUAAUUUUUUUUAAUGUAGCUGAUCUAACCUAACCAACCUUUCACUUUGUUUUCAAUAUCCAAACUUAGGAAAUAAACAUGCACGGUACUUACUGUGUCUUAUAUAUAUUCAUUCUUCAACCAUUCCAAAAAAUUAUUAUAAUUUGUUUCGGUAUCCACGUAUUCGGAUAUGGUCGGUUCGCUUUCAUUUAAAACGUGAUUUUUUAAUUUAUCUCUUAUCGCCGACAUUGUUAAACUAAAAUCCCGCGCUUUUCGCGCACGUCUGUUCGUAUGUGUUCGUGCAUCUUCGGAACUUUUAUUUUUAUUUUUUUAUGUGUCGUCCCAUGUCAGUGAAUCUUAGGUUACCCCACUUCCCCCAGUUCUCAGUUGUCGAGCGUUACGAGAUUCCGAUAGCGUGGUGGGGGAAGCUUUGCCGUCGCCCGGGUUCUCGUAUUCGAGACUCGGCAGUAUUCCUAGCGGGAAGGCUGUUCUGGUGCGGGGAAACGUGUCCGGGAGGGCGCCAGGCUGACGCGGGGGUUAGCCACGAGGUGGGUCGUGAGGUCCGAAAGCCCCUGCGUGGCCCACUAGGAACGGCGGCGGUGGUGAUGAUGGUGUUAGGGAUUCCUAAUGCUGGUUGCCUCACUGGCCCUGCACAGCAUAGGACGCUGAUCCCUAACUAGGUUGGUGAGGUUCAGAAAUAACGUACACGGUUUUGCGCUGUCGUUUACACGUCGCGCACAGAGUGUGCGGAGUGGACGUUUAAUUACGAAUUCCCUAACAUAAAGUACAUUGUCAAUUACACACGAGGCGUUCUGACGCGCCAUCACUAACGUUAUGCCCUCACGCCAGUUGCAAUCGAGGGAGAGUGUUUGAUUAGAGUCGGCUAAUCCCGUAAUUGGUAAACGGCGACGCGCGGGCCCACCUGUGUGGACCGCCGCUCGCUAUUAGAUUAAGAACACGUCUACGAUUGGAUGUAGCCAGUGCCUGUGCACUUGGCGAUUAAUUAAAAGUCUGUGGUGGCGGGAGUCGGCCCGUACCAUAUAUUGCACGGCCCCACGUAAUGCUUUGUGUGGGGCGUGUUAAGAGUGGUAUAUACCCCUUUUUAAAACCAGUUAUACAUGCGUCCACUACUAGCCUAUUUUCUCGAGAAUUAUGAUAGAUACAGCUUCCAGAUUAUUAAUCUGACGAGAAAAGUAAUGCAGUUUUUCCAAUAUAGUUUUAUAUUUUGGAAAUCGUGACGCAAAAUAUAUUUAAAAAAAUGGUAAAAACAAGAAAUUCGUUGACGAAUUUCUAGUUAUUCGAUGAGAAAAAUGAAAAUUUGAAUCUAUAUUGGAAAAGAUUAUAUUUUUCUGAACAAAAUGGUAUAUUAAAAGUAUAAGGUCACAGCAUUAAAUAUCUGUGUAUUUGGUUAGGAAAACUGGCUAAUUUGGCAUUUUUAGUGUCUGCCUUGUGCUGCUCGACGGGAAAGUUGACGCCAAGCUCCGGGAAGACGAGCAGGGUGGGGAUGACACUGACACGCCUCAACGUCGCCCGCGGUAGGGGAAGUGCUGAUCUGUUACGGUGAUAAACCUCCCUCCUCCCUUCUUCCUCCUCCCGCUACACAGCAACACCAUUUCUCUAAAGGAUUCAUAGUCCAGGCAUUUUAUGAGAAAAAGGGGUCGAUUUAUGGACAAAUUGCGAGAAAAGGUUUUACUAUAUCAAAAUUUGCAGACAAAUUUGUAGAAUAACAUAUCCAAAAUCCACCGAAAUCCACUUUAUUUUGGUAACGUUUUUCCCGGGAUUUGUCCCGGAAAAAUGCGGAAUAAAUUAAUAACUGUAAAACGGUGCGUUCUACGAAGAAAGGUAUAGACACUAAAAUUAAAGAGAGCCAAAUUUACCAUAACAUAUCAAAAUUUUACAAACAUUCAUUAAUAACUACUGUUUUGUUUUCUGGAAUUCGUCACGGAAAAACCUAAAAUAUUGAAAUAAAUUGAAAAUGGCGCAUUUUACAGCAUGUUUCAGGACAAAGUUAAAGUAAACAACGAUUUUCAUAGUAUAUUGCAAAUUCACAAAAAUCAACACAAAAUAGGUUUUUGGUUUUCCAGAAAAUUUCCUGAAAAAAAAAAGGACAAAACGAAAACGUAUCGUACGUCAAAGAAAGUCGUGACUAAAAUUAAAGACUUUUUUGUAUUAAAUAUAAUUUCAUUUCAACAAAAUCUGCUCAUAUAUAUAAAUAUAUAUUUACAUAUGUAUAUAGUUUUUUUUGUGACUCGUCCUGGAAAAUCUUUAAAAAUUCAAUAAAACGAAAACGGAACAUCGUAUUGAAAAAGUUUCGGUGGGACAAACAGAAGCACACAAGAUUUCCUAUACCAGAUCCUAAAUUCACUGAAAUCUGGUAUAUAGAUUUUAUUUUGUGAUCGGCCACGGAAAAAGUAUUGAAUAUGUAGGCAAAAUAACAGAAAGCAUUGUAUCCCAUGUAAAAUUGUCAGAUCCGAACUAUAUUCAAUUUCCAUAAUAUACAAGUAUUUUAAAGUCACUUAAAUUAUAUUCCUUUUUCAGUUAGUGAUGUGUUAAAACGUUUUUGAAAUCUACCAAAAUUAUUUUCCAGAAAAAAAAAUCAGACUCAUUUCAACUGCUUAUUGUUUGAAAGAAAAAUUUGACACGUCCAUUCUCACAAAACAUAUCAUACAAUUAAAUUUACACAAGAUUUCCAGUGACCUGUAUCGAGAAGAAAUAGAAAAAUAUACACACAUUGGGAUGCACUCUGUAACACACAAUACUGAAUAAAUAUGCAUUAGGUAACAUACAUAAGUACUUUAAUUUAAAAUAUAGGUUACCUAAACAAACAUCAGCGUGAUUUUAUAUUUCUAUUAAUGUUAAACUGAUCCAAAAAUUCGGAAAAUAACCUGCAUAUCAGCUCGAAAUGUUAUUUAAUAGAAUCAUCCUGUUUAAGAGCGUUAUAUACCCAUUUUUAAAACCAGUUAUACAUGCGUCCACUACUAGCCUAUUUUCUCGAGAAUUAUGAUAGCUACAGCUUCCAGAUUAUUAAUCUGACGAGAAAAGUAAUGCAGUUUUUCCAAUAUAGUUUUAUAUUUUGGAAAUCGUGACGCAAAAUAUAUUUAAAAAAAUGGUAAAAACAAGCAAUUUGUUGAUAAUUUUCUAGUUAUUCGAUGAGAAAAAUGAAAAUUUGAAUCUAUAUUGGAAAAGAUUAUAUUUUUCUGAACAAAAUGGUAUAUUACAAGUAUAAGGUCACAGCAUUAAAUAUCAUUGUAUUUGGUUAGGAAAUCAGGCUAAUUUGCAUGGAUAUGUAGGAACACCCUACCUAAAAAGCCGUCACAGUAAUUGCAGUCCUCGGGAGGUAAUUCGCGCCGGUUUUUACAGGUUGAUCCAUGACAGUUUCCACAAGCCGAAGAACAUGGGAUGCCGUGUUUCCUACAACUGCAGUUGGAUGCACCGCAACCAUCUUCGUUGCAAGUGCACCUGAUUACCUUCAAAAGGCAUUCCAUAACUGUUGGCUUGUCUGUCGAAAUUGGCAAAUUGUCUCCAUCCCCAUUCUUCUGGAUUCAUCUUAAUUCCCUUCCAUUCUUGUAUCUGAUAGAAAACCCUUAAGAAAUGGAAACGAGCUGAAGCACUAGUUGGAGGUAACUGUUCUGGUUGUACACAUUUGGAACUAGUAGCUGCAUUCUCACUUAACACUUUACAACGCAAAGUGUCGAAAGUGUCACUUCUUGACCCAUUGUACAGGCGUACUACAGCUGUUCUGCCGAUUUUACAGUGUCUUCUUUUGACACACUGGGAAUGCUAUCUGAAAAUACUUUCGCAAGUUGCCUGAAGGCACUGUCAUUCUGGAGAAGAUCCAAUAUUUUCCCCUUUAUACCAUAGAUGUGUGAUGUCGUGUCACAUCCCAUGAAUGCAUGACAGAAAAGAAUAUUACUACAAAUUUCAUCACCGAGCUUCAGCUUUAGCUCCUUAAUGUGAUAUGUUUUCUUCUGCCUUUGUUCACUUUUUAAACACAAACCGUUAUGUGAUUGUGAGCCAAAAUAUUAGAGUAAAAGGACAAGUAAAUCUGUGUCUGUUCCUAUAACUAUUGUCAAUUGUUCUUUUGCACAUUUAAAGCUUCUUGGACAAUGUAAAUAUCUGCAUCACCUGGUGCUUCGACAACAGGACAUUUUCUUCGCGUACAUGUAUUGCUAAUAACCUUAAAAAUUGUCCUUUAUUUCGCUCGUUCAAAAAAAAAACAUAUCUUUACGGAGUGAUAGCUGCAUUUCUCCUGUGAAUUCAACUACAGGUGAUGCAUUACCUCUUGCUCUUCUAAUAUGUGCUGUGUCUUUAGUACUGUGAGUUUUCCCAUAUCCAUCAAAUACAGUAGUUGCUAAUCCAUAAUUUUUCAAGAUGAAACUCACGUACAGCUGAGCGAUCUCGUUGUAUGUUGCAGUAGGGGAAGGUCGGGCAGUACCGGACACCUUAGGUUUUCUUUUAAUAAAAAUAUAACUUACUGCAAAAAAUGAAAUGUACAUAUGUCUCUGGAAUUGUACUUUAAUUAUUUAUAAUGCCUAAUAAAGAA